AUGGGUGGCAUGAUGCAUUCUCUCAUUUUAUUUACAGGCUUGCUUCUUGGUACCAUUGUAUCGGCAGUGCCGAUCGAGGGCGAUGAAGCUGGCAUUGGCCUCAUAGCGUUAGCAUUUCUCUAUGAUUAUGGCAAUGGGAAUACGUUUCCAUCGGGGAUAAUUGGUCCGUCGUGCUCGAUACCACCGAGCAGCGAGCCUUUUCAGUGCGAGGAUCUGGGUGCUGCAAUCAAGAAAUGCCAAACGAAUGGAGUCACAGUACUUCUCUUCUCUCGCUUGGUGGUGCAACAGGAGCAUAUUCUCUCUCGUCACAGCGGGAGGCUAAAACGAUUGGCCAACACCUCUGGGACAUAUGGAAAACGAAAAGUGAUGUUGUACAUCGACCUUUUGGAACAACUUUCGUCAAUGGCUGGGACUUUGAUAUCGAGACAUCUGGCGCAAAUUAUCUUUUACAACAAUUCUAGCUGCUCAGUUAAUGAUGCAUUUGGGUCCUCAGUGACCAACAUCGCUGGAACUGAAUCUCCCAAUGCCAGAAUAUUGAGCGGUUUACCAGCCUCUCCUUACGCAGCCACGGGAACAUACGACGGAGCUCAGUAUUACCUUCAGUUGAGGGCGCUUGCAGCCUUACUCCGCGAAUUUGCUAGUCACCCUCAGUUAGGUGGCGUUAUGUUGUGGUCUGCUGGAUUUUCUGGUAUUAACAUAAACCACAGCUGUAACCAUGCUCGUGAUCGGGUCUGUACGCAUCUCACAUCUGGCCUGCCGUCUGUUUUUCACGAAUCGUCACUUGUUCAUAUGCCUGCGAACUUGGAGGUUCUACAGGCGAGCACGUUGAAUUGUUCGGGGUUGACUGCCUGGAACGCUCUUUUUGGAGUUGAGGGAUUGAAGCCUAAGAAGGGAGAUUGGGUUCUUGUUCAGGGGACUGGAGGUGCUUCGAUUGCAGCAUUGCAGUUUGCCCUGGCUGCAGGGGCUACGAUCAUUGCAACAACAAGUUCCACCGUCAAAGCCCAGCGACUCAAAUCCCUCGGCGCCCAUGUCCUGAAUUAUCGCUAG